UUGGGUUUUUCAAAUAAAAAUCGCCAGCUGUUCGGACGCGCGUGGAAUCCGGUCUAUGUUUGUUUUUAUUUUCGAUCGGACGGGAAUGGUUGCGGACGCUCGCUCGCCGAAAGUAUUUGGAAAUUGCGCACUUCAGAAGCCGUCGUUAUAGAGGAAUCCUGAUAUACAAUAAAAUAUCCACGUUCAGUAAAAAAACAUCUCACGUGGGCAAAAGUGCGCCAAAAGUUCGGAAAACCCCAGUUGCAAAUCAAAUUGAGUGCCCACGUAAAUAAUAAUUAAUUCGAAAAGUGCAUGGCAAACUGUUGAACAUAGUCUCGUGGGCAGUACGGAUGUUCGUGGGAUCCAAUAGAGUGAUUUACCGGGUCGGACCCUUCAUUCAUUAACUGCGGUGCGUUGGUGUCGCCGGCUUAUCGCUGAGUUUUUCGGUUCCAGUUUUAUUGAACUCCGCGGAUCGGUUUGACCUAUCUUCGGUUAGUCAGUUUAAAGAGGAAGUUAAUUCGAUCGCGAUUGUACAACCAAUUACCGGCCUUAUCAUCUAAUUUGAAACACUUGGAACGACGUAAACUAUUAAUAGAAGGUGAAGUGAUCAAAAAAUAGGUAGACACCACUCAAGUUAACUUAAUCGCAAUCGUGUUUUGUAGUGUGUUAUAUAUACAAUUAACUGAAGUGAAAAACAUACAGUUGGAGUGAAUACUGGACUAAGAGCAAGUCUUAUAUAUCAAAAGCUAAGGUCACAAAGCCAUGACGCAGUUUCUGGGCGAUUUGCUGGUGUUUUGAGCGCAGCUUCUGAGGCGCCGAAUCAGCGUCUGGGUUUUGAAGCACUGCUGCGGUCUCCCCUUCACCCAAAACGACGAUGCAGCUCUCCAGCUUACGCCUGGCCAUUGCCGGCCUGAUACUCCUCCUGUUUGUGCUCCAUGUGCUCAGCAAGGAGCAAGGAUCGCACUCCCACAAGCGCAGCCACUCGGCGAAGAGAUUCUCGCGGGAUUCCAACUCGGCCCGCGAACGACGACCGAACAUAAUCCUCAUCCUGACCGAUGACCAGGACGUGGAGUUGGGAUCGCUGAACUUCAUGCCACGCACUCUGCGUCUCCUUAAAGAUGGUGGGGCCGAAUUCCGUCACGCCUACACCACCACGCCCAUGUGCUGUCCGGCGAGGUCCUCGCUGCUCACCGGGAUGUAUGUGCACAACCACAUGGUGUUCACCAACAACGACAACUGCUCCAGUCCCCAGUGGCAGGCCACUCACGAGACGCGAUCCUAUGCCACGUAUCUCUCGAAUGCCGGCUACCGCACUGGGUACUUUGGAAAGUAUCUGAACAAGUACAACGGCUCCUACAUCCCACCUGGCUGGCGGGAGUGGGGCGGGCUGAUUAUGAACUCCAAGUACUACAAUUACAGCAUCAACCUGAACGGGCAGAAGAUAAAGCACGGUUUCGACUACGCCAAGGACUACUAUCCAGAUCUGAUAGCCAACGACUCGAUCGCCUUCCUGCGGUCCUCGAAGCAGCAGAACCAGCGAAAGCCAGUCCUGCUUACCAUGAGUUUCCCGGCACCGCACGGUCCGGAGGAUUCAGCGCCGCAGUAUAGUCAUCUGUUCUUCAAUGUGACCACUCACCACACUCCAUCGUACGAUCAUGCCCCGAAUCCGGACAAACAGUGGAUCCUGAGGGUCACAGACCCCAUGCAGCCCGUGCACAAGCGGUUCACCAAUCUGCUGAUGACGAAGCGCCUGCAGACCCUCCAAAGUGUCGACGUGGCCGUGGAGCGGGUCUACAACGAGCUAAAGGAACUGGGCGAGCUGGACAACACGUACAUUGUGUAUACCUCGGACCACGGCUAUCAUUUGGGCCAGUUUGGCCUAAUCAAGGGAAAGAGCUUUCCCUUUGAGUUCGAUGUGCGAGUGCCGUUCCUCAUCCGCGGUCCAGGUAUUCAGGCCUCCAAGGUGGUCAAUGAGAUCGUCCUGAAUGUGGACCUGGCACCUACUUUCCUGGACAUGGGUGGCGUGCCAACGCCGCAGCACAUGGACGGGCGCAGCAUACUGCCCCUGCUGUUGAGCAGGAACCGCGCUGUGCGGGACAACUGGCCGGAUAGCUUUCUCAUCGAAAGUUCCGGCCGCAGGGAGACGGCUGAGCAGAUAGCAGAGUCACGGGCCCGUCUUCAAGCCGAGCGGCGAAACAUGAAGCUGGUAAACAGUUCGCUGCUUGAAGAUUUUCUAGGCGGUGGAGGGGAGAGUACCACCACCAUUUCCAGCAGCAUCACCGCCGCCAAUCUGAUGAGCUCAACCACCCAGCAGCAAGAGGAUGCGGAUGAAGACAUAGAAACAGACAACGAAGAGGAUGAUGCAGAGGGUGACGGUGCCAUGGAUAGUUCGGCAGCUGCUCUUGAAGAGGACGAUCUCGAAGAUGCUGCCGUUGAGGAGGGCGACGAGGAGCCGAUUGACCAGGAGUUCCACCACAACAACGACCUUCCCCUGGCACCAUACAUAACCAAGAUGAUGCGCCUCAAUUCGGAGUGCUCCGAUCCGGCUCUUCUUAAAAACUGCCUGCCCGGACAGAAGUGGAAGUGCGUGAACGAGGAGGGCCGUUGGCGCAAGCACAAGUGCAAGUUCCAUCUUCAACUAGAGCACCAGUUGGCUACGAUGCCCCGAAAGCAAUACCAACGCAACUGCGCCUGCUUCACCCCCGAUGGAGUGGUCUACACCAAGAUCCGUGCCCCAUCCGCCGGAUUGCACCGCGUAAGCAAGCGGACUCAUAAUGGUCAAGGCCGGCGGCGAAACAAGCGGGAGGUGUAUCACACAGAAAUAACCCCCGAAAUGGAAGAGCUGCUGGGUCUCCACCUGGUAGUGGAUCAACUAGCUGAACGCACGCAUCGCAGCAAGCGAGAUUUGAGUGGAAGUAGCAACGAGACGAUUGCACAGGUCAUCCAGCAGAUACAGACCACACUGGAGACCCUGGAGCAUAAGUUUAACGAGCACGAGCUGCAAGGCUCCAACUCCACCAUUAAUUCCUUUGAGGGAGGCGAAAAGAAUCCGAAGACAGGCGGUCAUCGCUGUUUUGUGGAUGCGGCCACAGGAAAGGUGAACUGCUCCAAUGUGAUCUACGACGACGAGAAGUCGUGGCGCACCUCCCGAAACCAAAUCGAUAUGCUGAUCAAGCUUCUGAAGGACAAGAUUGCCAAGCUGAAGGAGAUGAAGAAGCAACUGAGGGAGAGCAACAAGCAGGCGUUGGCCGCUAGUCGAAGAAUCGAAAAUCGCAGGCGCAAUGACCCCACUCUGGAAAGUGGAGUCGGUCCGGAGUUUAACAUGAGCUACUUCACCGACAUAAGCAGCACGCCAAGGACAAGCGUCGUCGGCCAGAAGGAGGUUUUCGGAGGGUAUGGGAAUGCCAACGUAUUUGAUCCCAUGGAACAGUCGCAGACGCAUCGCUUUGCCCCGCGAGCCGAGUGCUACUGCGAACCUGACGUGGGCGAGAGCCACGCUGACUCUAAGGAAAUGGCCCGCGAGGCGCGCAGAAAACUGAAAGAGGAGCGACAGCGCAAGAAGGAACGUAAGCGCAUCAAGAAAGCCCGCCUGGAGAAGGAGUGCCUGUCCGAGAAGAUGAACUGCUUCUCGCACGACAACCAGCACUGGCGCACUGCUCCCCUCUGGAACGACAGUCCUUUUUGCUUCUGCAUGAAUGCCAACAAUAAUACCUACUCCUGCCUAAGGACUAUCAACGCCACUCACGACUUUCUGUACUGCGAGUUUACCACUGGCCUCAUAACCUUCUACAACCUGACCAUUGACCGCUUCGAAACUACAAAUCGCGCAGCAAGUCUAACGCCUGGAGAGAGAUCUCACAUGCACGAUGCUCUGGCUCAGUUGAAGGGUUGUCGAGGACGCAACUGCAGCAUCCGCCGACACCAGUCCCACCUGGAGAGCGGAUCCAGUGCUGCACAACUGCCCAUCAAUCAAGUGCACCGAAACAACAAACGAAAGCACUCUCCCCUCGCGGGAACAGUGGGCAACUUUGGCUUCGUAGGCCCACGCCUGGACGUGGACGGAGUGCCGCCGAUGAAGCGGCGUAAGCUAUCCAAAUACAACCGAUUGACUGGUUCGCAACAGACGCAACUGAAGCGGCGUCCCUGGAAGCAGCAGCCCCUCCAGCAGUCCCCGAGAUUCUUGCCCACACAUUCUGUGACCCCAGCAGAGGCCUAAUGAUAAAGCUGGAUCGAGUGAACACCACACAUAUCCUAUGCGUACCUUUCGUACCUUGCUUGCCUGCCUGCCUGCUCCUGUUAUUUGAUUCUACCCAUUUGAUUUCUUUAUACAUAAAUAAGACUGUGUUUUAAUAUAUCUACUUACGUUAGUUUUGUUUAACCGAACUGUGUGUAGUCCAGUCCCUGCUGCAUUUGGCUUGCAAUAUUUAUAUAGUUAGAGCUGGACGUUUGAAUCAGCUCAUAGGCCACCUAAUUUGUACAUAAAUUUAGUACCGAAAUUCUACGUAAACUAAAUAAAUUAUUUAGCAAAUUGGUUAAAAGUUAAAUUAGUUGAGCAUACAUAGCAAAGAAUUCAAUUAAUUCUAGAAUCCAGAUGAAGUUGUAUUUAUUGGCCAAUGCUAAAGGAUCAGUGUUAAUGUGUAUUAGAUAACUAAAACCGUAUUUAUGCCGAACUAGAUACGUUAUAAUUGUUAAGAACCCCACCCGAAUUCCCAAAGACGUUAUGUAGCAGCCCCGCUUGAAAACGAACAAAAAUAUUGUAUCUGCCACGUUAUUAAUGUCAUAAAAUUAACUACAAAUUAAUAUAUAAAUUCAAUUAUUUGAAAAAAGCAUCAAAAAAGCUGCAAAUAAUAAACUUUUAUCACAAAUAUU